CUCACGCCGUAGCAUCUAGCAUUGGCGUUAGCAAUCUCUCUACUCAUCUGUGGCCAAAGUGAAGCAGACGCUCAUACGGUCAACUUAACCCUCGUCCACCCCAACAACCAUCAAUAACCUCUAAUUUCUCGCUACCCACUACUGAGCGUCCUUUCAAAGGACUAAGUACUCCUUUGGAGGGUGUAUCCUUGGUCCUUGGCUCUUGGCCUUGGACAUCAAAUACUUUAUCUCUCUAGCAGUUCCGUCCUGUCCUAGACCCAUCUUUUCUUCACGUCGACUCGGUAUACAGCCCGGUCAACAUGCUCUAUCGGACUAAAAAAUGAGGCUAGCAUACUAGUAAUACCAAGCCCAAGACAGCAGUAAGUAGCUCCAAAAGUAGAGCGAAGCUCUUCUACUUCUAGUGUAUACUUAUACACUUGUAGCCAUAUACUUGAUAAGUAAGCAUUCGAUCCACGAGUCACACCCUGCAGUGUUACCAUCUUCCGUCUCGCUGUAGUAUAGUAGUCUCGGGAUCUCCGUACUGAGUGCCUUCCGUUUUCCGUCUUUCUAGAGAAGAGAAGCUGAAGUUGCUGAAAAUGGCAUUUCAGCCGAUUCUCAACCCUGAGUUGCCGCUCGUUCACGAGCUGGAGUCUAGCCUCGCGCCCGGAUUGAUGCUCAAAGUCCAGGGCCGCGUGCCCGAGGGCGCGAGUCGCUUCGCCAUCAACUAUCAGCUCGGUCCGGGACUUAACCCCCGAGACGACGUGGCGCUCCACGUGUCGCCGAGGUUACGUGAGGGCUUCAUCACGCGCAACCACAUCCAGGCCAUGAAUUGGGGCCCCGAGGAGAACGACGGCCCCAUGUGGAUACAGACAGGGGAACCCUUCGAGAUUAUCGUUCUCUGCGAGUACAGCUGCUUCAAGAUAGCCGUCAACGGUAGGCAUUUUACCGACUUUGCGCACCGAGUGCCUAUCGAUAAGGUCACGCAUCUUACCAUCGACGGCGAGGUCGAGGUUGGCUCUGUCUUCUUUGAGACAAUCUCCAUUCCAGCACCCUCUGCCCCGCUGCCAGACGUUCCGGCGGUCAAUGUCGGCCCACCACCGCCCGGUGGUGUCUAUCCGACCUUGAAUCCAGACGAAAUGUAUAGACCAGCACCAAUGCCAAACAUUGGCGGUUAUGGAGGCGAUUCAUCGCGUGUCUAUCAUCCUGAACCCCAAAAGUCCGAGGAUGAUGCCUUUGGCAGUUGCCUGGACAAAGUUGGUCUAGCUGUCGGAGGAUUUGUAGCUGCAGGUGGUGUUGCCGCGGCCAUGCAUGCCUAUCAGAAAAGUAGGCAAAAAAGUCCCGAUGAGGCUGAUCAUGUAAAGACAGAAGCAAAGGAGAGCGAGAGUGGACUUGGUGGAUUGGGAGCCCUGGGUGCUGCAUUGGCCAGCAGUUUAGCAUCAAAUGCUUUCCAAGGGGAUAAAAAUGCUCAUGCACAGCAAGGAUAUCCCAGUCAAGAUGGCGGAAUGCUUGGAUCAAUUCUAGGAGCUCUGGGAGGUGGUGGGGCUCCACAGCCGAACUAUCAGCAGCCCGCAGCAGAUCCUCUAUCUGGAGCAUUAGGCUCCAUUCUUGGCGGAGUUUUAGGAGGUGGUUCUAGUCAUCAACAGCAACCUCAGUAUCAGCCAUCAGGUGGUUAUAGUAACCCUCAAAGUCAAAGCUCCCAAAGUAGCGGUGGAGGUGGUAGUGAUUUACUAAGUGGAUUAGGCGGUGCUCUUUUCAAGUCUGCCAUGGAUGGUCUCGCCAAACAUGAUAGUAAAUAAAACGACCUUAGUCUUGAGUCUGAGCAAUUGUUGCAAAAUACAGUCUACAAACUUCACAUAUGUAAGGUAUAAUUUCUCUAGAUUAUGCAAAAGUUAAACUAAUUUCAUCUCAUCUAAAAAUUGCUAGUUAUGAAAAAUAUUAAUGCGCACAUUAAUACAGAAGCUUGGCACUAUUAACGUACAAAAAAUAAUAUUUAUAAUUGUUUUUAAACCUUAUUUUACAUCUAAAAAAGUGCUUAUUUCAUCUUUACUUACAAUAAAACUUGCCUUACUUGAUAAUUUUUUUUUUUUUUUUUUUUGAACCUCAAACUUACUUUCGUGCAAUGCUUCAUUACCAUCUUGAGCUUGAAAUAUUAUCUUAAGAUUAAUAGUAUUAUUGUCUCAGUUUUUGAACCAGUUAUAUUGUAUAUAUUGUACCAAGUGAACAUAAUUAACUUCACGACUCUCGUUAACUAUGAAACAAAUCUGAAUAAGACAUUCGUUUGAAUGUCCUUAUUUACUAGCUAUUUAACAAAAUUAAUACUAUUUUUUACUAGAAACUAGAAGAAAUUUAAAAUAACAUCAGAUAACUGUGAUGCAAUACUUGAAAAGAAUUUUCAGAAAACAUUGCUUAAUGUAGUAUACAAAAAAGAAAUAAAAAAUCUAUUUUUAUAAACAGUUUUGGUACAUUAAUGUAAGACUGUGAUUUUGUUAAGAAAAUGUGAGUCGACUAAUAUACACAUAAAGUUUAAAUAACUUUUUCGCAUAAUGAACGAGAUACAUAAGAACAAGAUUUUGUUAUGCAAUUGAGUUUUGUCGUGUGUACAAGAUCUUUUGUAUUCCAUUUUCAUUGAUAAUUUUAACGUUAUUGUUUGGCAUGUCUUUAGUGAGACAGUUGUCCAACUGACAAUUAAAAAAGUCAACAUUUACGCUUUCAUGACAAGAGAACUACUUGACAGUUAGAUAGUUACGAAACCUUAGUUUUUUUUACUGACUGACGAUCGUUAAACGUAAGGGUUAAUCACCAUUAAAUGUGUCAAGCACAUUGCUCCCUAAGAUUUGAUAACAAAAAAAAUUAUAGUAAUGCCCUGACGUCAAUUAACAUACAUUGACGUCACAAGAUAAAUUACAUUCUGAGGCCCCAGUUGAAUUUAGAUACGUUAAUUUGGGAACAACAAUAAUUACUUUAUUAGUAUUUCGAAACAUUUAUUAUUGCAAAUGUCCUGCUCACGUAUAUCACGUACAUUGUCAAGCCAUUAAAACUGAUUUAAGAAUCGGCUAUAUAUUCACUGAGAAUUAAUACACUAAAAAACUUCCAGUUUAUAUUUGUAAAAAAUAUUCCAUUGAAAAGAGAGUGAUGAUAAAAUUAUCGUAGCUGCUGUAACAGACAAAUUUUUUAUCAACAAAGUUGAUAGAACUACAUUCUUUGAUAAUACCAUUAAUUUUUACCAUCAAUUUUAUGGCAGUUUUCCAAUGUUACAGAUACAAUCUUACUAAGUACAAUUUCUUAAAUCCAUUUUUCAAAGUAACCCAUAUUUGGCAUUUCCCUAGUGUUAUGUAGAAACAAAUUCAAAAAUGGUUCUCCGUUUUUAAACACGGUUGGAAUUCUCAUUUUUCGAUCCCAAUAAUAUUCCUCUGAAAAAAUUAUCACGCCAAUUUUUUACUUAGAUUAGUUUUUACUCAAUUAUUUUAUUUUUAAAUUGCUCUCUACAUUGGUUUAAAUAUUACUUACCUAACUAUAAACUAUUUAUGUUUGCUGCCUUUUGAUUUAUACAGUUACCCACUUCGCCAAUCAGUCAAUAGAAAUCUCAUCACGGUUAGUUAGACAUGUUUGAAAAUUCCAUCUACCACUUGUAAAAUCGAAUUUUUUACUCUGCUGUAGUCAUCUUGUUUUUUCUAAAAGUGGAUGUGGGGUUUGUGUUUAUUUAUACAAAUAACUGUGAGUGAUUGGUAUUUCGUUCUACCAAGCUAUGUUUCAUACUACCUAAUUUAAUGGUGCUAUCGUGGAAGAUGUUAAAAUAUGAUCCAAACAUUAUAUCCUGGUCAAUGUAAUUAACUUUAAUUUGGCUAUGAUCUUUCACUAGAGUUACAUCACUUUUAAGAGAUUCUCAAGAAAAAAAGAUUAGCCAUGUACUCUUAAUGUAGUCAUAUUCCUGGUUUUAUUUUUUGGAGGAUAAUGGGAGGUAUUUCAAAACUACUAACCGUGGAUUUCAUAUCGCUAGUACGUCUUACUAAUUCUACUGUGAUUAUCAACUAUUAAUAUUCAUACCGAAAUCUUCCAUAUGUAGGUGACGAUGGUAUGUGCCUUCUUAGCUCUGUCUCUUAGAUUAGGAGUCACUGAAAGCCAAACAAAUCUUGGUUUAGCGAAAUCAUGUUUACAACUCUUACCUUAAUUAAACAAAAAUAUUUUGAAUGUAAGCAACUAAAAUAAGUCAUAUACUUCAAUUGGUUUAUGGUUUUUUCUUAAUAAAUUUCGUUUGGCUCAAAUUUUAAUUUCCCUAAUUCAUGCUUAACUUAUUCAGUAAACAAUUAACAAAUGGAAAGGAUUUUGGAUACUUCUAAUAAUUUGUGGGAUUUAAUAG